AUGUCUCACAUCACAUAUACCGUAGUUCAUCGGUACCUCCCUCCGAAUGUUAAGCGCAUCAUUGCUCGAGGUGGCGAUUGCUGGAUUGGAGAAGUCGACAAUACUACCGUCCUCAAGUAUCCGCAGACGCAGGAGAAGACGAAAUGGGGACUUCAGAUCGAAGCCAAAAUGUUCGACGUUCUCGGGAGCCACCCUCGAAUUGUACGAUCGAAGGGACUGACGGAAGAUGGCCUUCUUCUUGAAUUUGCCGCGCACGGCAAUCUGCACGACUACCUCACCGCUCAUCCAGAGACGACUCUUGAGCAACGGUUGACCUGGUGCAUACAAGCCACCGAAGCUAUAGGCUACGCUCAUUCCAAAAGAAUCCUUCAUUGCGAUAUACGCCACGAUAAUUUUCUGCUUGACGUCAACCUCGACCUUAAGCUUGCUGAUUUCCAAGGCCAACACUUCUCUGCGGAUGGGACAAUUCUCCUUGAUGGCUUGUCCCUCGAAUCCACAAAAGCAUACCUACCCCGAACACCUGCAGAUCACGCAAGAAUAACAACAGAUCUCUUUGCUCUUGGAAGUGCUAUUUAUUUCAUUAUGAUGGGCCACGAGGUGUUCCCAGACCUGGAUAACACGGACGAGGACGAAAUUGAGCGUCGAUUCCGCGCGGAAGAAUUUCCCACUGACCAGCAUAUGUGUUGUGGAAUCACCGAAAAUUGCUGGAAACAGUUCUAUUCGUCAGCGCAACAAGUUCUCAACGACUUGAAGGGCACUUGCGAUGCUAUCGCUCGCGGCGAAAGACCAGAUUAUGAUACUGACCGCAGUUUCGCGGUCUUGAAUGAGGAGGGUCACCUACCGACACCCUGGCUCACUGGUCUUUGUGACGAAGCGCUAGCGCCGGAAGUACCACCCCCAACUCGGCAGCUUGUAGGGUUUGAUUGA